AUGGCCGGCUCCCCAAACUCCAACCUCCGAGGCUUCAACCACGCCGUCCAAACCCUCCUCAAACAACCCUCCCAAUUCCUCCCACACCUCACGAUCCCAACAUUCACCCACCUCCCCGAGAACCUAGGACCACACCUAAUCAAAACCUCCAACCAAAAACAUAACCCCGAAAAAUCACCCCGCACCCCAACAAUCCGCGCCCUAGUCCUAGACAAAGACAACACCCUCUGCCCGCCCAAAACAACAACCUUCCCACCCCAAAUCCUCAAUAAACUCGCCCUCCUCCGCGAAUCACCCACAUCCCCCUUCCAACAAUCCAAAAACCCACACGGCAUCCUAAUAGUCUCCAACCGAGCCGGCAGCCACCCAACCUUUGACCACGAAGUCCAAGCCCUAGAAUCACAACUCUCCCACCUCUCCAUCCCAGUCUUCCGACUACCCGCGGGCGCAGAAAAGAAGCCCUUCUGCGGAGACGAAGUGGUGCAGUGGUUCAAGGAUCGGGGCGUGAUUCAGUCGCCGAAUGAGAUUGCCGUUGUGGGGGAUCGGUUGGGGACGGACGUUGGGGAGGAAGGGAAGCCUGAGAGGAAUGUUUUGGAGAAGAUGGAGGUUUGGAUUGAGAGGUUUUUGAGGGAGAAGAAGGGGUGUGUUGCUCCAUUGCCGAAGGGGUGGGAGGAGUGA